AUGCUGUUAGGUGGUAUGGUCGAUCAAGAUCAAGACUAUAGUCCUCAAAUAGCGGACCUUGCCAGUAUCAACGAGAUCCCCGCAAACAUGCCUGGUGAGUUCCUGCGAUCCAAAAACAAACCGUACGCUCAUCUCCUUACCAAAUGCCUGGUGGUAGCUCCGAAAGACACCAAGAAACAGCCCGAGGUCAAUGGUCAAGCGGGUAAUAUCCCACCCCCUAAAACGGAUAAGCCGAGACCCCAUGUCUGUACGACAUGCGGUCGCUCCUUCGCGCGACUGGAGCAUCUCAAGCGCCAUGAGCGGUCGCACACCAAGGAAAAGCCAUUUGAAUGCCCGGACUGUGCGCGAUGCUUUGCCCGACGGGACUUGUUGCUCAGACAUCAGCAGAAACUGCAUAUGACCUCGACGCCGUCUUCGCGGCCCCGCAAUGGCCGUCGAGAGAGCACGGGGGCAGCCUCAGGCACCAAUCGUGUUCGCAAGAACUCGAUUGCCAACAACUCGUCCUCGAUGCGCCCGAGGGCGAACACCAUCAGUCAUAUUGAUGGGGCGGCGUUGGGCAUUUCCAAUCCCAGUAACCCGUCCUCUGCACCCCAAUCAGGCCAUGCGUAUCAUCCCAGUCUCGGAUCCUCGAUCGGCUCCAGUGUGGAUUACCGGGGGUAUAGUUCUGGCCACCCGCCGGUGAAUGGUUUGGCUAAAAUCGAAACCUCUGGCCUCCCCGUGGAUAUGUCGGGCGGUCUUCGGACCGCUCCGGUGUACGGGAGCUUCGACAUGGGCAUUGAUGGUAUGCUGAUGGGCCAUGGCAGCACCAUCAACCCGGCGCAAUUGCACUUUGCGGGCUCCCCGCAGGGGUUUGGUGACUCGCCCUCUUCUCCCUUUGGCCACAAUGCCCAUGGCGUGCCGCCUCCCACAGAUCCCAUGAUGGACGAGGAGAUGAACUUUGACUGGAUGAAUGGCUUUGAUGCGGCGGUUGCCCUGGGAAAUGGGAAUGACUCGGUGAUUGACGGGUCCUCGCCGUCGGCGAUGAGCACGGGGAGCCAGAGCGGGAUUAGCGAGGCCAUGCUAGAUGGCCCCAAUCGUAUUCCCAUUUCUAAUGGCUGGCAUAACCCGUUCCCGUCGCAGACUGCAGCGCCCGCCAACCAGUUUGCCAUUGAUUUCUCUCCGACCACAUUGAAUGACUUGGGUAUUCCUCCGGAAACCGUGUCGCCCAAGUCCUUGAUGGCCCAGAAUCCGUUUGCUGAGACGUAUGCCACCCCUCCAUCUAUGACUUCGGUCGGCCAGCCCAUCGUGGGAGGACAUUCGCAGAGUAUGUUUUCAUCCUCGUUGGCAACAAGCGGAGAAUCUCCUAAUCCUCUCAACGUUCCUUUCCCGAAUAGUGCCCUUCGAAAUCCACAUGCCCCAGUCUCAACGGAUACCUUUACAGACUCCACACGACAGGCUCUAUUAGCGAGCAUGUCGCAACCCACUGGCUUCAGUCAUCGCAAGUAUUCUCAGCCCGCAAAUGGACUCCCGAACAGUCGCGAGCUUUUCACCCGCUCGAAUGGCUUCCACAGCACCGGUCAACUUCCCACCACCUCGGACAUGCAGCGGUACAUCUCGGCCUACAUCACUUACUUCCAUCCUCACUUCCCCUUCCUCCAUAUCCCCACCCUCAACUUCCAGGCGCCAGAGUAUACUAGUAACCUGCGCACGCCAAGCGGACAUUUGAAUCUGAGUUCGACUGGUGUCGCAGGCGGUGGAGGCUGCCUGAUCCUUUCCAUGGCGGCUAUCGGUGCCCUGUACGAACAUGACCCUGCCGCUUCCAAGGAUCUUUUCGAGGCUGCCAAGAAGAUGAUCCAGCUGUAUCUCGAAGAGCGGCGAAAGGCCGAUAUGUCUGCUGCGCUCGGCCGUUCCACUUCCACUCGGGAUAACUCGGUUCACAAUACUCCGCUCUGGUUGGUUCAGGCCAUGCUAUUGAACGUGAUCUAUGGACAUACCUGCGGUGACAAGACGUCCGCGGAUAUUGCUAGUACACACUGCGCUGCCCUGGUCAGCCUGGCGCGCGCAGCCGAAUUAACGCAUCAUCUGGGCCCCAACACCCUGCCGCAGGAUCACCUUAGCACUGGUCUUCAUGGGGGCGAUUCCCCCGCCCACAGCGACAACUGGAUGUCCCCGUCAUUUAGUCAACCCAAGGAGAAAAGGGACUGGUUGAACUGGAAGGCUGUAGAGGAGCGGAAACGCACGCUCUACGCCAUCUUCAUUCUCUCCAGCUUCCUUGUGUCGGCAUACAACCAUGCGCCAGCCCUCACCAACUCUGAGAUUUGCCUUGAUCUCCCUUGCGAAGAGGACUUGUGGUCAGCCGAGUCGCCCCAAGCGUGGAAACAGAUGGGAGGCCAGACAGCCUCACAGAAGACCGUGUCAUUUUCAGCUGCUUUGACCUCUCUCCUGACCGCCAGUCAAAGAGAGCAACAUAACCACACUUCGAACUUCUUUUCCGACGAUCUGUCUAAUACGGACAACUGCCCUAGUACUUUCGGAUGCCUCGUUCUCAUCUAUUCUCUGCACAACUACAUCUGGGAAACUCGCCAACGACACAUGGGCCGACAAUGGACCACACAAGAAACGGAUGCAAUGCAGUCACUUAUCGAACCGGCCUUAAGAGCAUGGCAAGCAGCCUGGGCCAGCAACCCGGUUCAUAGUCUGGAACGACCGAAUCCGUUCGGAGCAGGGGCCAUUGUCUGCCGACAGCAUUCCCCUCUUGGAUUUGGCCGGGAUUGGAACGGCAUGGCGGAUGAACUGGCUCGGGGUACAGAGAUGUUCCAGCAUGCCGAUGCAGCUAUCAAUGAUGUCGUGGACCCGUCUCUUCCCAAUGUCCUUGAUGGCCGACGGGACUCGAUCGCCGAUUUAGGUGUCUCGGAUCUGGCUAUCUCGAAGACUCCGACUCAGGACGAGCCUAUGCAGACCUUGUCGAGUAUAUACAAGUCUGGCCAGACCAAACAUGAGAGGCACCUUCGCAAAGCCGCGUUCUAUGCCGCCGAUUCCAUUUCGAUGUCGGAUCGGCUUGGGAACACCUUUGCCGAGUUCUCAUUGCGGGAACUGCCUAUCCAGUGUGCAAUGUGUGUCUUCGACUGUGCCCAAGUCUUGGCGGAAUGGAUCACCACUGUCCAGGAACGGGUUGGGCCCUAUCUGGGUAUUCUGGGUCGAGAAGACGUCGAUCUGACUCAGGUGCCCGGGGUGAUGCUGCUGGAAGAUGAAGAUUGCAAGCUGGUGGACAAGAUCAAGGAAAUCCUGGAGAGUAUUGAGGCCAAGAUGCAGCGCCAGGUACAAAACAGCAACUCCAUGUCGGCGCUGAGUGUCAUGCAACGACUGCCCAGUGCGGUUGAGGGAGGAUACGGGUGUAAAAUAUUGAUUGCGACAGCCAGUCUCCUGGAUCGAGCUGCUGUCUGGCCAGUGACGAAACUGAUGGCUCGCUGUCUCGAAGCUCAGGCCAUGCGAAUGAAGGAGCGUGCUGAGCACUCCGCUAUGAUGACCACUUAA